AUGAAGUGGACUGCGGGAUUCCUCGUCGGGAGCCUUUUCGGCGCCGCUACCGCCAACGUCCUUCCGAAACACCGUUCGCUGUUCCGUCCUCCCCCACCUCCGGAAGGCGAAAUCGCUGCGAGCUCCCUGAAGGCCCGGAGCACCGGGACUGGCGUUUUCGAGCAGCUCAUCGACCACGAUGAUCCGUCUCUCGGCACUUUUUCUCAACGCUACUGGUGGAGCGAUGAGUUCUGGGCCGGACCGGGUUCUCCGGUGGUGUUCUUCACCCCUGGCGAGGGCGCCGCCGAUGGCUACGAGGGUUAUUUGACCAAUCGCACCAUCACCGGCCUUUUUGCUCAAGCCAUUCAAGGAGCCGUCGUUAUGCUUGAGCACCGUUACUGGGGCGAAUCAUCCCCCUUCGAUGAUCUGACAGUCGAGAACCUGCAGUAUCUCAACCUUCCGCAAUCCAUCAAGGAUACGACCUACUUCGCCAACAACGUCGUCUUCCCUUUCGACACUAAUGGAAGCAGCCAGGCCUCUCGUGCUCCCUGGGUCUUCUCGGGUGGCUCCUAUAGCGGUGCGCUGUCGGGCUGGGUUCAAGCCGUGGAUCCCGGCACGUUCUGGGCGUAUCAUGCCUCCUCUGCUGUCGUUGAAGCCGUCAGUGACUUCUGGCAAUACUUCAUCCCCGUCCAAGCAGGCAUGCCAGCCAACUGCAGCGCCGACGUCUCCCUCGUAAUCGACUACAUCGACGACGUCCUCAUCAACGGGAGCGACGCCGAGAAGCAGGCGCUCAAGGCCCGCUUCGGGCCCCUCGCGGCACUGGAACACGACGACGACUUCGCGUCGGCGCUCGAGAACGGCCCGUGGCUGUGGCAGAGCAACCAGUUCUACACGGGCUACUCGAGCUUCUACCAGUUCUGCGACUACGUCGAAAACGCCGUCCCCUUCGCCAACAGCACCGUCACCCCGCCUUCAUCCUCAGGCGUUGGUCUAGAGAAGGCGCUCAACGGCUACGCCGCGUGGAUGCGCGACAUCCUCGUCCCCGGUUACUGCGCGGGUUACGGGUACAGCGAGUGGACGGCCGACGACGACGUCGGCUGCUUCGACACGUACGACGCGACCUCGCCCAUCUUCACCGACCGCACCCUCGCCAACGCCGCCAACCGCCAGUGGAACUGGUUCCUGUGCAACGAGCCCUUCGACUUCUGGCAGGACGGCGCGCCCGCCUCCACCGGCCGCCCCUCCAUCGUCUCGCGCCUCGUCACUCCGCAGUACUGGGAGCGCCAGUGCGCCCUGUUCUUCCCGCCCGAGGGCGAGUGGACGUACGGACAUGCGGAGGGGAAGACGGUGGAUGAUGUUAAUGCGUAUACGGGUGGGUGGAGCCGCACGAAUACGACGAGGCUGGUUUGGGCGAAUGGCGAGUUUGAUCCGUGGAAGGAUGCGACGGUUUCGUCGGAUUUUAGGCCCGAGGGCCCGUUGGAGUCGACGGCGGAGGCGCCGGUGUUUGUGAUUCCGGACGGCAUUCAUUGCUCUGAUUUGUUGGCGAGGAAUGGUGAGGCGAAUGCGGGCGUGCAGAAGGUUAUUGACAGUGAGAUUGCCCAGGUGGUGACGUGGGUUGAGGAGUACUAUAAGUGA